CUUUAUGAUUAAUAAACAAGAAGAAGCUCAGAAAUGAAAUAUUAUCAUCAACGUCAUUUCAACAUUUCCUCUGAUGAACACUGUGUGUGUGUUGUUGUUGUGUGUGCGUGUGUGUUGUUGUGUGUGUGUGUGUUGAUGUGUGUGUUGUUGUUGUGUGUGCGUGUGUGUGUGUGUGGGGGGAGAACGACACAUGUUCUUGUGUCUCUGGUCGUCACCUGGCACAGCAGCUCGUCACCACUUCCUGUUCCACUUGAAGACGAGGAGGAAGACGGUCUCGGUCUCGGUCUCAGUCGUCUUCUCGUCUCCGUUCUGUCGACUGCAGCCAGUUUGAAGAGCGACGUGUUCUCUGCGACGGUGGUGGUCCAGACGAGGGUUUCUGUCCUGCUGGUCCUGUCCUCACUGGUCCACACCACAGAGGCCACGAUGGCCAUGUACGACCCGCAGCUGUGUUACGUGCUGGACGGCUUCCUCGGCCUGUACGGACUCAUCAUCACCGGCAUGUUCAUCAAGGAGAAGUUCUUCAAAACCAAAGGGAAGUCAACGGACGAGAGCAUCUACAGCGACCUGGUGGGUCAGCACAACGACCCGUAUGCUCCGCUGGUGAGAGGAGACCCUGAGAGAGGACGAAACCGCAGGAACGACGACAACGCCACCUACACGGAUCUGCAGAAACGAGGCGGGGAGGGCGAGUACAAGGAGCUGCCCGUCAAGAGAGAGCGCCACAAAAAGACCGAGCAGGUUUACCAGGGGUUGAGCUCCGCCACCAAGGACACCUACGACGCGCUGCAGAUGAAGCCGCUCUCUGCUCGCUAACGGUGCCGAGGCGUCGAGAUCUUCAGUUUCAGCGGGAGAACACAAACAUCUGUCAGCGGACCAGCCGUCUGGCUCGAGUUCUGAUUUAUGACGAGAUCAGAAUCAGUCUGAUCGUUGAUCUUUUAUUUAGCAGAUUGUUCAGAAGUUCUUGAAGAACAGCUGCAGAAAUCCAUGUUUAAAUAUCUGAAGUGUAUUAUUUCAUCUCGUGGACGUUCUGUGUUAAUUAGUGAAAUUAAAAUGACGUGAUCGAAGUGAUUUAACCGUCACAGAACAACCCAGGUCCAAAGUUCUGAAACAUUUGUUAUCUGUCCGGGUCUCAAACGAUCAGUGGAGCUGGUGACGUUGUUCAGGUUUCAGCUCCGUCAGAUGUGAUUAUUGAUCCGACAUGAAGUUGGUUUAAAAGCUUGUUGGUUCUGUUCAGCAUCACAGAUAUGAGUUAUUAUUAUUAUUCUAAAGACAAAUUGGACAGAAAAAUAACAAAUAUGUGUUUAAAAAUGUAACUUGAAACCAAAACAUCGACGUUUAACAGACAGAAAUGUUUUAAAAGAUCUAAAAAGUAAAGUUGUGUUUCAGGAGUUAUUUGAAUAUUUUGUGUUGUUUUUGUUCAUAAUCUUUGAUUAGUUUUCUGUAUAAUGUAGAUAAACUUUAACGUAACGCUGCGUCAGUACGGAGCCCGAAGAAUGAAUAAAACAUUACAAAACAAAUGAAUAUAUAAAUAUAAUCCUUAAAUUGUGACAAUAAUAAUAGUAAUAAUGUCUAAAAAUGUGCGUCACUGUUCUGAAAUAUUUCUUCACCCUGACUUUAUUUUAAUCAUUGAAAUAAUUUCACUGAAGCUCAUUUUAAUUUGAUUUCUGCUAAAUCCAAACAAAGACAAUGUGACGCACAUCACUGACGCUGAAAUAAAUUAAUAAGUUGAUAUAAAAUGAUGUUCGUUGAAUCAGUAACACAACAUUUCUUUAGUUUUGUGUUGGUGUAUUUAACAUUGGACUGUUUGGGCCUCCGUACAUUAGGAACUUAAAGUUUGCAGCUGUGAGAUUUUAUGGUAGAAUGUAGAAGAAAUAUUUUUAAACUUCUGUAACUUUGUUCUGAUGACCUUUCUUUUUAUAUUCCUCUUGUGCUCGUACAAACAAUCAGCCUUCUGAUUUGCUGUCGUCAUAUUUUCCUGAGAAUUUGUUCUGUAAUGACGCCGUCUGAGCUUUUAGCUUCUAUGAUUCAUGUCUGAUCUCGCUUCUGAUAUUAAAAUGUAUUUUUUAUAAAUCUCCUAAUAAAUUCUAAUUAAAAGCCUCAGUUGAUUCUC